AUGUCGAACCCAGCACAGACUAGCUCCAAGAAGCUCGGAAAGCGCAAAGCACAGGAUGAUCCAGGAUUUCAAACGUUAGCGGACGACUUUGAUCAAUUUGUCCAAAGAUCCGUAUUGAUACAGAUGGUGUCGCGUACAGUCAAUGCUCAAGACGUGGAACCACUGUUUUUGUCAUCUGCACCACGCAGCAUGCAAUGGGCGAUAGAAUCUGGGCUCAUUGUGCUUAGUAGCUCCUCUAGCACCCUGUUGUUUACCGUCAUGGGUGGUAUGAGUCCCGGCAUCAUUGUCUGCGAUAGCGACAAAAAUUUUCGAAUCGCACUUGACCAGAAACAGCUUGAAUGUUGCAAGACGUUCAUCGACGGGCACAGGUUCAGAAACCUUAAAGUGGACAAACCCCUGUACAAUUUUCUUCACAAGAAGGGUGUUGAUCACUCUGUCUUCCAGCAGUAUCCCAACGGAGAACUCUAUAUCUUAUACCCAGAAUCCUACCCCCCCGGGCUCACUCACGCAUUGUCAGAAAACACAUUGGCAGUAAACGAAUGUCUUACCAUCAACCGUGAUCUUCAAAUCGAAAAACACAUAAAACUUGCUUCCGGAUUUCUCACCUCCAUACGGACUCCAAUGGGGCGGAUUGGCACUUUCAAAUCCCCUGUUGUACACCAAAGUCCUUCACAAAUUGGCGCCAAUAAAUCUCACAAGGUUCAAGGCUCAGCAAACGGAUCCGUCGUCCCACCGAGCAAGAAGCCCAGGACGACACCAACUCAUCCACAACAGCAAGGGCCAACGAUCCCCGUCCCCUCUUACAACCCUCGACUGCGUAACAUCAGGGGUAACACAGACCAUACUCUGAUGCCUCCUCCUCAAAUCCCGAGGCAACACCAUCUCCCUACCAAUUCUCAAACCGCACGUUCACGUACCCAGAGCAGCAUGUCUUUAUCGAAAUCUUCCCAACCACAGUUUCCAGAUCGUUACGAUGAAACGGGAAUGGGUAUUCAUUCGUCACCCAGAGCGCGAUCGACUGCCACUAGCAGUUUGAACCAGCUCGUACGACAGAAUUCUGAGCCGAAUUUCCUUACCAACGCGCCAGGCGGAUUUCUUGCAAGAUCGGUUCACACACCAGAGACGGCGGUACCAAAUUCCUUCAAUUUGCAAGGUAAUAGCAAUCCCUUGCAAACUACAGCGGAAGCCGGUCCUGCCCUUAUGCCUGAAGGUCGUUAUGGGCAAACCUCGACUGUGCAUCAUGUUGGACAAAAUGUUGUGGCACAGAGUUAUAUCCCUAAUGUUGCACAAGCUUACGAGACCUCGACAGGGACCGACUCCGCUGUAGCAGAGAGCCAACAUUCAAAUUCCUAUUCGCAAUACACCGAGUCUGCGGAUAAUACAUCCUUUGGAAGUCAUGUUGUACUACUUGAUACCGCCUCUGGCAGCUUCUCCCAGGUGGCGGUGCAAACGGCCUCGAGCGCCAUAGGUGCUCAAGACCCUACUAUCAAUGAUACCUAUAGAAACGUCGGCUCUUACCAAAACCUGGCAAUACAAAUACCUGCACUAGACACUGCGGCGUUAAUUCCCACCCCCCCUCUUGUGUCUAAUAGCACCUCUCAGUCGGGAACACAAAUCAACUCUGGUUCGGCAGGAACACCGAAUAUCUUGGAUCACUCUGCAUAUGCCCAAGAUUCAGCAAACCCAGCUUUCGCACAUAAAUCUCUGGUGCAAAAUUCCGAGACCCAAGAAGGCGACAUUCCAGCAGGGACAUAUCAGCAGACCCAAGGAGCUGAAAUGCAUGGUGGGGUAAACAUUGAUUCUUCCUUCGACUGGGACCAGUUUAGCGGAUUGGAAGCGUUGUCGGCUACCGAUGUAAGUCAAUUCGCAUCUGGGUCCAUCGGCGGCGACCUUGCUGAGGUAGGGAAUUGGCUUCAACAGUUUACGCCCCCCGAGCAGUAA